UAUUUUGUUGUGAAUCAAAAUUUUUUUUUGUAAUUUUUUGCCAAUUAAUUGUAGUAAUUUUCAAAUCUAUGGCAUCAGAUAUAAGUCUUUGUUCCAUAAAUUCUGAAAUCUGUUUCGGACUUAGACUCUCUGUAAGUAGUUUUUUAAUAAAAAAAAAAAAGAAAUGUACAAAAUCUUUCGUCGAUUAUAAAGUGAUGUCGAGUAAACCUUCGAAGAAAUUAAAUCUACGGUAACGUGAUGAGAAGCUAAAAUAGAUAUUAUAUAUGUUCCUUAGAAAAAAAACCCCCUAAUGAAAAUAUACGCGUGUAUAAAAAUUUUACGAUGACGAUAAAAAGAUAGGGAAGUGAAGAGAAACAGAUAUAGAAGAUAGAAGAGUUCUAAUUGUGUGAUUAUGACGACGUUAAAACCACCACUUAUUAUUGUCAUGGGCGUUUCUGCCAGUGGUAAAACCACCAUUGGAGGACUUUUGGCUAAGAAACUUAAUGUUGAAUUUUUGGAUGGUGAUAAUUUUCAUAGUGCAAAAAGUGUUGAAAAAAUGGCGAAAGGAAUUCCUUUGAACGACGAUGAUAGACAACAAUGGCUUGAAGAAAUUAGCAUGAAAAUAUCGAAUAAAUCAAGAGAAAAUAAAGGUUUAGUUAUUGCUUGUUCAGCAUUAAAAUUAAGCUACAGAAAUAUAAUAAGAAGUUCAAAUUAUAUUGAUGAUGAUAAGGAGAUUAUUUUUGUCUACAUAAAGGGUACAAUGGAAUUAUUUAAAAAACGAAUUGAACAUCGUGAAGGACAUUUUAUGCCAGUUUCUCUACUUCAAAGUCAAUUUGACACAUUGGAAGAGCCACGUGAUAAUGAAGUGACAAAUGAAAAAAAAUCUAGCCGAGUAAUUGAAGUUAGUGCAGAAUUAAAUCCUGAUGAAAUUAUCGAAGAAAUUGUUAAACAACUUCUAAGAUUAACUCUCAUAGUGCCUUGUAGCGAUGAUUUUAUCUCCACAAACAAAAAAACAUAUAAAUUAUAAAAUUUAAUAUAUAUAUAU